AGUCCUUUCAUUUUAAAAAAAUUCAGUUAUAAAAUAUUUGUAUAUUUGAUGCAGUUUCAAGCAUAAAAACAUAAAACCAUACCAAAAAACCCCCAUCAAUGAUUGUGGUGUUUCACCUCUAGGGGCUAGCAAGAGUUCAGUUGCAAGGGAGGUAAACAGCCAAUGGGAGCUCUCCAGGCAGAAGCAGGGGUACAGUAUAUAUAAGGAGAAGCAGGCAGUCAGAAGGGGGAGAUAACUGGGAGAUGAGUUGAGUUGAUGGGAGUUGAUGAGAGAGGUGGAGAGGAUUUUUAGAUAGAGAGAGGGUUAGAGAAGCUAGUGAGGUGAGCUGUGGUGCAGAAUCUGUAAGAGUAAUAAGAAGGGAACUUCCGUCAGGGAGGAACAGGGGGAGAACUAAUACUAAAGGUUAAGGUUAAAGAAAAGUACUUGAGAAACCAAUAAUAAUUUCUAUGCUUGUAAGAUCUUCACUUAAAUAAACUUACUUGUUUUGUUCACUGUUCACCUGACUGGAUUCCAAUCAAUUGUGUACCAGUACACAGACUUACUGGUUGGUGGCAGCAAGGGAAGAAAUAGGCAAGGGAGGUAUUAGGUCAAUAGACCGUUAAACAUCCGGGGGCCUUUUACCGGUGUAUCUCGCCACAAUGAUCAACAAAAUAAGCUUCUAGUCCUCAUGGGGAAAGAAUGGGAAAUAGGUGUCAGGGUCAGGUUCUGGAGUGAAGCCCAGGCAAAUCAUGACUCAAAGAAAGUCCUAUUCUCACAAGCAUUCACUGUGGCUUUCUAAUCACUCCUGCUGUUUUGCUUCAGGGGGCAGGACUCAAACCCGUGCAUUCAAGUGACAAGAAAGGAGAACUUUUUGACAGUAAGAGCUGUCCAACAAUGGAAUAGAUCACCUCCUUCCUUGGAGGUUUUUAAGCCAAGGUCGGGCUGUCCUCUGUCAGGGUUGCUUUAGUUGUGAUUCCUGCAUUGCAGGGGGUUGGACUGGAUGACCCUCAGGGGUCCCUUCCAGAAUUCUAUGAUUCUAAAUUCUGGGGGGGAAUGAUUUUGAAGUCUGCAUGAGCAGCUGUGCUGAGGAUGGGGAUGGAGGGGAUGAUUGCUUAGCAAAAGCAACUCUGCUGGCAGGACUAGAAUCGGAAACAUCAGUGACCCAGAAACAUUUGUUCCCUUCCAUCCUCCAGGAAGUGGCUGCUUGUCAGGAAAGGGAUGAAGCCCAGAAAAAACUAGCCGAAUUUGAGUAUGCUUCGCAGGCUUUGCUCGCUGAGCUGUCCACCCUGGAAGCAGAGUAUGAAAUCGAGAAGUCGUGCCGAGAGCAGGCAGAAGCCUACGCAGCCCAGGUGAGCAGGGAGAACAAGAAGCUGAAGCGCAUCAGCGUGGCUUUGCUGCCCAUGCUCACCCACCCCCCGGGGGACCUCAUCAACCCGGGCAACGAGGAGGAGAUCCCCACCGAGCAAGUCCUGGAUCCAGUGGGCCAAUACCUGCAGCAAAUCAAAGACCUUCAAGCGAAGGUUUCCCUGCUGCUGGGUGAAAAGAAGGAACUGGCCAUGCAAGUGACAGAGCUCCAGGAUCGGGUCCAGCAGCUCCAGGAACAGGUGGAAGAAGAGCAUUUUGAGAAGCAAUCCCUGCAGGCUCUGGUGGAAGAGCGUCAGAGGGCUUUGAAGAGGGUCAAACGAGUGUCCCGGCUACUCACCGAGGAGUACGGCAAGGUGUCCCAACAGCUGGAUCUGGAGGAGGAACUGAGGCAGCAAGCAGAGACCUUUGCCCGCCAGAUGCUGGUGAAGCAGAAGGAGGCCAACCGGCAGAGCAUGAUCCUGAUGCAGAAUAUUGGGCCAGAGACCCAGCUUCUCCAAGCCAUGGAGGAGGUGGCCAAGAUGACCCGGGAACUGGAAGAAGCCCAGCAAGAGCACCAGGCUAAGGUGAAGGACCUGGAGACCCAGCUGCUGGGACGGCCGCGGGUGGAAGAACUCCACAGGCUCCUGGCUGCCCUGGCGGCAGCGGAGGAAGAGAAGGUCCACCUGGGGAAGAAGCUUCUCCGAGCGGAGGAGAGGAAUGUGGCUCUGGAAGAGAGAGUGAAAUCCCUGGAAGAAGAGGCGAAGGCGACUGGGACCCCAUCUUCCGAAACAUCUCCUCCUCCUCCUCCUCCUCCUCCUCCCCCUCCCCCUCCAGCAUGUCAUGUCCCAGUGGACCCCCUGAUUGCCCUCAGGCAGAGGAAGGGAAGGCAGCAAGCGAAAUGCGCAAACUCCUGCACGGAUGAUGUGAAGUCUAAAGCAGUGGAAGAAAUGAUGGCCAGGAUCAAAAGCGGGGUGGUCCUGAGGCCAGCCAGAAAGGACGCUGGGGGCUUGUCCAAGGCAGCCGCCGUGAGCAAGCGUAGAAGCACCACGAUGGAGCUGCAGGGUCUCCUGGCCCAGAGUGGCAUCAGGAGGCCAGUGCGGAGGUCAAGCCGACGUAAAGGCAGCCAGAGGAAGCUCACAGACAACCAGCUGGAGUCCAUCCUGCAGAGACGUCGCCGGAUGGUUGACUGCCCAGCGCAGGGCCAAGUCCCACAACUGCAACCUGUCGUGACCACAAAACACAUCACACCCAUUGGAGUGCAGGAGGCCAUGGCGGGUGUCCUCUCUGCUAUAGACCCACAUCCUGCCACAGAGAGCUCUGGGGAUCUUGGCAAAAGUCCAACAGGUGACCCUGGCAACCUGGAGGCUUCGAUCCCACCAUGUUUAGAGAAGGAGCCUGCCCCAGCUCAGUCACAGUGCAGAGUAGCGCCCCUUCAGAUGAACAGAAGGAUCGCGUUCGCAUCAGGGAGUCGGGAUCCCCCCUGAAGCAGCCUAAAACUAUAUUAUGAGGCUGCCUGUAUUGCUUUGAUUCAGGACUGGAUUAAAUUAGAAAAUACAGAUUUGCUAAACCUUCAAGGACAUGAUAAUAGAUUUGGAUGGCACGCGUACUUGUGGUAUGACAAAGGGAAAGUGCACAAUGGAUUAUAUAACCAUAUAAUUAGGAGAUCACUUCUAACAAUCUGCGAAAGAUAUAAAGAUUUACUAGAACAGAAAACUCUGUUGUGGUUGUCACCAAUAGAAGCAAUAUCAAUAAAAGAUGAUGAUGAUGAUGAUGAUGAUGAUGAUGGGAAAUUGUUUACAUAUAGAGAUCUUUUAAUAGAAAAGGAAGGGAAAUUAAAACUGAUUUUGAAAAGAUUCAAGAAAACGUUAACGAUUGGUUGCAGUACUUUCAGUUAAAUGGGGUAUUUAAAGAAGAUAAUAAGAAAGGGUUUAAUUACACUCUAUCUAGUUUUCAAAGAGAAAUUAUAGAGGACAGUAUUAAAAAUAUGGAGGAAGAUGUACAAUAUGUUGUUCAGAGCAGUGCCCAUUCAGAUGAGCAGGAGGAUCGCGCUCCCCUCAGGGAGUCGGGACCCCCCUGAAGCAGCCUGCAAGUCGUCCCAUCUCCUGGAACCACUUCCCCAGCCUCUUGGCAAUGGCAAAGUGGUGAAGACAAGCACAAAAUAAACGCCAAGCAAAUUGCUCCGUUGCAGCUGAGCCUGAAUUCAUUUGCCCAGGAGUCUUCCUCCCUCGCCUGAUUUUGGGGUGCUCAGGUCCCUUUCCUGGCAGACACAGCUCUUUGCAUCACGUGGAGCUGCUCUGAGCUGGGACACGGGUCUGUGGGAAGUUCAACAGGUGGAGCUUUCGGCUCAUAGCAGCCUCACAUGGUGCAAAGGUCUGUCCUUGUCAGGACCUUGCUUGUAGAUUCAGGUAGGUAGCUGUGUUGGUCUGAUGCAGUCGAAAUGAAAAAUAAAAAAUUGUCCAGUAGCACCUUAGAGACCUACUAAGUUUGUUCUGGGUAGAAGCUUUCAUGUGCAUGCAUUAAGCUUAACGUAUUUUCCGUUCCAUAAGAUGCACUUUUUUCCUUCUAAAAAGUAAGAGGAAAUGUCUGUGCGUCUUAUGGAGGGAAUGUGUGGUCCCUGGAGCCGAAUUGCCCAGGGGCUAAAGGCAGAUCAUGCUUUUUUUUAAAAGAAAAAAGAAAGAAAGAGCUAAAGGCUAGCAAGAGGGAAGAGCACGUUGAAAGGAACCCGCUCAGCAGCUGAUUGCAAGAGCUCAGGGAGGGAGAUAAGAGAGCUAGCUCCCUUCCGGGCCCCUCCCAGGCCCUUGUCUAGGCCUCAAUUGUUGUCUGCAGAGGAAGACAUGUGACUGGCUGAUUAGAUUAUCUGUCUGGAAACUGUAGAAAUGGGUCCCUUUCCUAGAGAAGCUGCAGAACUGUGAGUUGAACCCCAUAAAAAAAGGAUUUUUUCCCUUUGCAAGGAAACUCAGCAACUUUGAGCUGAUCCUACAAAAUGGAGCUUUCCCCCUUUGCAAAAAAGAUGCACAACUCUGAGCUGACCCCCCCCAAAAAAAAAACGUGGCUUUACCUAUUUGCAAAAAAAGCUGCACAACUUUGAGCUGAUCCUAAAAAUAAUAAUGGCGCUUUCCCCCCUUUGCAAAAGCUUUCUCAGAUAUUUAAGGGGGGGGGGCAAAGGCAUAUAGGCCUCUAGGAGUUGGCUGCUAUGACUAUGACAAUUCAAUAUGACAAUUCAAAGAAAGGAAAAUAUUUUUUUUCCCUUGUUUUCCUCCUCUAAAAACUAGGUGCGUCCUAUGGUCAGGUCUUACUAUGAUCCUGGGGUUGAAGCACUAGGUCAGUGCCACGAAAGUAACUGUGUCAAUGACAUGUCAUCCUAGAUCUCCUUUUGAACUAGUAAGUAGGCUGUUAUUUUUAACUGCAUUAAAUCCUUGAAAGCGUAUUUGGAAGAGUAUUUGAACAGCGUCAUGCUGCUGAUCAUGACUGACUCUCAGUAAUGAUUGACUUUCAAGCAGCUAAGGGAAGAAAUUAUUUCUGAAGUAUUUCCAGCAUCAGCAAAUCUUGAAUUUUUAAAAAGCUUCAAUUUUUUAAAAAAUGUACAUAGAUUGUUUCAAAGGCAAUGGGAUGGACAGAUGCCCAUGUCAAGGACAACCAAUCUAUGAAACUAGCCUUUUAACUUUUCUCUUGGUAUAACUUGUGGUUCUCUAACCCCCCUUUUGUCCGGUAGUUGGCACAGACUAUCAGAUUUUCCGUAACACUAUGAAUGAUCCUGGGAGCUGAGGAUAUUCUGAGAUUACUCAUCAGUUGUAAAUGCCUUUCUUUAAGGUUACUAUCAGUUGUGAAUUGUGUAUAUGUUGUUAGUCUGCUCAUUCUAAUUCGGUUUUUAUAAAAGCCUUUGAUAUUUGUUAGCCUUGUUUGUGGUGCUAAAUGUCUCAGUCCCUAAAUGCUUUCAUGUUUCUCCGGGUGUGCAUCAUAUUUGCACAAUUCUUAGCUCAAGUAUUUUUUAAAGUAUCUUCUAGUCCAACCCUCUUGCAAGGCAGGAAUCUUUUGCCCAACGUGGGGCUUGAACCCACAACAUUGAGACUCAAGAGAGUCUCCCGCUUGACCCACAGAGCUCCCUUCGCUUCCAACUCUCCGGUCCUGCAGAUAAAGAGAUGCCCCCCCCCCUGGACCCACAAGCGGGUGCUCAGGCCAUGCAUGCAAAAUAACCAAA